AUGCAAUUAUCCGGUGGUGCAUUUCUUAGUGUUGGUAUAUUAUUGCUGUAUAAACGUGAUUUACAUGAUAUUUUUAAAUUAUUUUCCUACGAAUCGAAAAUUGUACCAUCAUUUCAGAAUGUUGGUUAUGUUCUAAUUGGAGUGGGAGCACUUAUAUUUAUUGUAGGUCUAUUAGGAUGUUGUGGAUCAGUAAGAGAAUCAAAAUUACUGUUAGGACUGUACAUAUUUUUUAUUAUUUUGGUAAUGACUGGUGAAUUAGUUGUAGGAAUGUAUGCCGUAUUAUUAGGUGAAGAAUGGGAAAAUCGUCUACCAUCUACUCUGAAACAUCGAAUAUUAACUUAUAAUUAUACACAACCAGCAAUGUUUGAAUACGAUUUAGACGUUAUACAUAAACAAUUUAUGUGUUGUGGUAUAGAGGGACCCAAAGAUUUUCAUGCCAAUAUUGAUUAUCAACUUUACGGAAAACGUUUACCAUCAUCGUGUUGUUCCCGAUUGCAAAAUGGUGUGUGUGUGGAAACAGAUUCGUACGGAUAUGGAUGUUAUCGAAAUAUAAAUGAACAAAUGACAACUUAUUCACACGUCAUUAUUGCAGUGGGAAUCGCUGUUGCCGUUCUCGAGUUAACAGCAUUGAUAUUAGCCGUUUGUGUGUGUCGAAAUACAAGCGAAGACGAUGAUUAUGAUUAA